AUGGAAUCGAGACCGAGUAACUUGUCCAUCUUAGCCCCACCUGUGUUUGAUGGAGAAAAUUAUCAAGCAUGGGUCGUGAAAAUGCAAGCAUACAUUGAAGGUUGUGAUUAUUGGGAAGUUGUCGAGGAAGACUAUGAUGUGACUCCACUUCCCAACAAUCCAACUAUGAACCAGAUCAAAAUACACAAUGAGAGAACCACAAGGAAGUCUAAGGAAAAGUCUUAUCUUUAUGCUUCGGUUUCACCAGCUAUAUUCAAUAGAAUUAUGGCUUUUGGAUCAGCGAAGGAGAUAUGGGACUACCUCAAAGCUGAGUAUCAAGGCGAUGAGAGGAUAAAGUGCAUGAAGGUGUUGAACUUGAUCAGAAAAUUCAAGAGGCUACAAAUGAAGGAGUCUGAGUCAAUCAAAGAAUACUCAGACAAGCUGAUAUAUAUUGCCAACAAGGUAAGAGUUCUUGGGACUGAUCUCUCUGAUUCUAGACUGGUGCAAAAGAUACUUGUCUCUGUGCCUAAGAAAUAUGAAGCAACUAUUACCUCUUUUGAGAACACUAAGGACUUGACUCAAUUGAGAGUAGUGGAGUUUAUCAGUACUUUACAAACAAGAGCAGAAGAGGCUAAUGAGGCAGGAAGAAAGCAUAGAAAGAAGCAUUGA